UUAGUUUAGUUUAGGUUCCUAGCUGAUUGCCUUCGGAAUAAAUUUUGUUAGGCGGCGACGCGGACACCUUUGCUCCGUGGUGAUUGGCUCGCGGCGGGGGCCUCGCGUUUGUCUAAUAUGGCGGCGCCCAGUGGCGGUGUGAACUGUGAGGAGUUCGCCGAGUUCCAGGAAUUACUCAAGGUGAUGAGGACGAUUGAUGACAGAAUAGUACAUGAAUUAAACACUACGGUUCCAACAGCUUCCUUUGCAGGGAAAAUUGAUGCAAGCCAAACCUGUAAACAACUUUAUGAGUCUUUGAAGGAGGCUCAUGCCAGCAGAGACAGAGUCAUAAAAAAUUGUAUAGCUCAGACCUCAUCAGUAGUAAAACACCUCCGAGAAGAGAGAGAAAAGAAUUUGGAUGAUUUAACGUUAUUAAAGCAACUUAGGAAAGAACAGACAAAGUUGAAAUGGAUGCAGUCAGAACUGAAUGUUGAAGAAGUUGUAAAUGACAGGAGCUGGAAGGUGUUUAAUGAACGCUGCCGAAUUCACUUCAAGCCUCCAAAGAAUGAAUAAAAAGAUACUUUUUUUUUUUUAAAAAGGACCGGGACAUCUCAUAAGAGCUAAGCAUGACAGACAUCAACAAGGUGGGCUUCCUAGGAUGAUUUCUGAGCCAACAGUCCAAGACCUUUUGUUGAUUUCGGCCCCACUUAGCCAAGACCUUAAGUACAAAUAAUUCUCAUAAUUAUGGAGAAAUCAACUGCUAUUUUAUACUGAUUCUGUAAAAAAAAAAAAAAAAAAGAUGUUUUUGUAACUAUUAAAAUAAUUUUCUGACUCAGUGUACA